AUGUGUUUUAUAAAUAAAUUAUCAGUGAUUUUGGAGUAAAGAAUACAAUUGUCAACUGUUUAAUUAACUAUGUUUAAUUCAUGUUAAUUAGUGUUAAUAAUCGUAUGACUUCUAUUUUGGAUUAAUUGUUAACAAAACUAAUUUUUCAUUGGUUUGAAGCACGGAUUUUCACUGUUUAUGAGAUGAAAAUGAAGGAGGAAACAAGACUAACUUUGUUGAGUUCAUCAACUCUAUUUCUCUUAAUAGGGAUUAUUACCACAAUAAAUGGAGAUACAGGAUUACCUUUAGACUCAUUCAGCACAAAUUCAUCAACUCUGAAUACUGGAGUGGAACCAACGAGUCAAGAUGUAGCGAAAAAUAAUGAAGCCAUCAAUUCUACACAACAAGUCUACCCAGUUUACUCUAGUUAUCCUAAUGUUCGAUCGAAUGUUGUUUCAAAAAAACCAGUUGAUACUUACUCGAGGAUGAACAUUAAACCUUCAAUGAAAGACAGUUAUUUAGAAGCAUUAGAAUAUUCUCACAAGAGUAAAGACCCUCGUGAGGGAGUUUUCAGAAUAAGUGCUAAACCAAAGUAUCCGAAAGUCGUUCGACGAGUAUACGAAAGCCCAGUAUAUCGUCCAGUAAAUGAAUAUGGUCCUCCAAAAGAACCAAGUACAACUUACGGCUUACCGAAUGGAGUAGAAGAAACAAUAAAAAAUCCUCGAAUAAUCCACAGCGGGUCUUCAGGGUCAUUUUUCUCACCACCAAGUGACUCGUACUCAUUACCGAUUCAACAGUCUGAAAGUUUUAACGAGCAGAAUCCUUAUGGUACCAGUCAAACAUCUUAUGGCCCUCCCCAAGUCAGCUAUGGAGUUCCCAGCACGAAUUAUGGCCCAGCACCAAUGCCUCAGGAUGUCUAUGGCCCUCCCCAGAAUAGUUAUUUACCACCGAGACCACCUCAGCAAGGUGAGAUUCGAGGAUAUGGAACAUCAGGAUGGAAUGGUUAUGCUCUUCCUCAACUUCCAGCCCUGCCAACUAUCGAUUUUUCCUGGCCAUUUGCUUUGAAGCUCAACUUUUUCACGAUCGCUAAAAUACUUCUUAAACUUGUUAUCUUCAAAAUGAUCGUGAAAUUCAUAGCGAUUAUUUGCUUGCUUCUUUUUAUUCCGAAAUUGGAAAUGAAGAAGGGAGAUAAAGAUGAUGACUCUGAGAGUGAUGAUGGAAGAAAAAUACAGACAUCUUAUUCUGCCCUUGAACAACUUAAUACCCUAACAGCCAAUGUUCUGGAUGCUAUUGAAAUGUAUCAGAAUGAAAAUCAGGAAAGUAAAGGAAGGGAACAAUGUACCAAUAAUCGUUGUCGGAUUGCUAGAUUCCUAAAAUCAGGAGAAACAUGGACAAAUCAAAUAGCUCUGUUGAAAGCUUAUUUACUUGAAGAACGAAUUUCAGAAAAAGAAAAUUUAAUAGAAAAAACCUAAUGGAGAACUGAACAGUA